AUGAAGGAUGUUUAUACUAAGUUCGGUCUUGAGGCUACGACACAGGACUUCAUCGGCCAUGCGAUGGCUCUGUACACGACAGACGAUUACAUCAAUGCAAAGGGUCGGGUCCACGAAACCUUAGAGCGCAUCAAGCUGUACGCCACAUCGAUGAGCAGGUACGGCAAGUCACCAUACAUCUACCCGCUCUACGGUCUAGGAGAACUCCCCCAGGGCUUCGCUCGUCUCUCCGCUAUCUACGGAGGAACAUAUAUGCUGAACACCGAUGUCGACGAGUUCUUAGAGGAAGGAGGGAAGGUGGUCGGUAUCAAGGCUACCAUGAAGCAUGACGAUGGCCCAGGCAUGAAGUUCGAGACGAAGGCUAAAAGGAUUCUAGCCGACCCCUCGUACUUCCCUGGUAAGGUGCGGGUCACUGGGUACCUUAUCAAGGCCAUCUACAUCUUGAAACAUCCUAUACCGAACACUCAAGACUCCGACUCACUGCAACUCAUCAUCCCGCAAUCGCAGGUGGGCCGGAAAAAUGACAUCUACAUCGCUGUCGUUGGCUCCGCCCACAAUGUGUGCCCCAAGGGCUACUACAUCGCUAUAGUAUCCACCAUUGCCGAAAAUGAUGCCAAUCCUCACGAAGAGUUAGCGCCCGGCGUUGAUCGACUCGGAAGCAAGCCCUUGGAGACUUUCCAGGGUUCGCCCAUUCCGCUCUAUGAGCCUGUUGAGAGUGGUGAGAAUGACAACGUUUUCAUCUCAAAGAGCUACGACGCCACGAGUCACUUCGAGACCACCACAGAUGACAUCAAGGACAUUUACCAACGCGUAGAAGGCAAGCCGCUUGUGGUUGCAGGUCUGCGGGAGGGUACUUUCAACGUGGAGCAGUAG